UCCCGGUCCCCGUGAGCCCAGACGCCGAGUCCGCGGGUCGGUGAGGCGGCUUGGCCGAAGGCGACGGGAAAGCCCCAAAAAAGCCCCCCCCCCGUCAGGCGAGAAAGCCACCAUGGCGACUUUCGGGAAACUCACGGACUACUUUAAUCGGCGUAAGUCUCGGGAGGAGCUGCAUGUCGGCAGGAGCUCGCGGCGGAGCGGCAGCUACUGCUGCACGGUGGCGGAGGCCAGGUCGCUGGAAAGGAAGUUGCAGAGACCCACCCUGGCCAAGUCCCGCACCCUACCCAGCAUCCCCCAGUCCCCGCGCGUGUCCAGAGUCCACCGCUCGGACCUCGUCGGCGGAAGUCCGCCUCGCCGAAAGAACCCGCCCGCUGCCGGCGGCCCGAAAGCCCGCACGCUGCCGCCCGCAGGUGAACUGUGGCGCUUGGAGGACGACAACAUGGAGGGCGAAGACGAAGCGGAGCCAGGGGGAGCCAGACCCCGCUCCCAGUCACCCUUUUCUCACUUGCGGGCACGCGCCGCGUACCUGCGGAAAAGCGUCUCCGCCGACAACCACCUGGACCUGAACGGCGACGACAGCUCGGGGACGGCGGCGGAGGACAAGCCCGCCCGCGGCAGUAAGGCCAAGCUGAAACGCAAAUUUAGCCUGGGCUCGGUCGAUCGCAAGGAGAAUGCGCACAAGAAGUCCGAGUCCGGAAUCUCCAAGUUCACCCAUCGUCUCUCCCUCAAAGAACGUCCAGCCAAGGCCGAGAAGACGGCGUCGGAAGGAGCGCAUUCCUACAGGAGACGCUCUCUUAGCGUCGAUUGGGCUGAUUCAUGCAAGAUGACGCGGCCCAUGAGGGGGGAGCAGGGCCAGCAGCCGACCCCGGCCCGCAAGUCCGCCAGCCUGUCCUCGCCGAGCGCCGCUCGCCGCCUCUACCGCAACUUGUCUGGAAAGUUCCGCGUGAGCACCAACCCCUCCUCCUCCUCCUCCGCCGCCGCCGCCGCCUCGGAGGACGGCGCGCCGUCGGAGCAGGAGGGAGACAAGGAGAGACUGCGCAAAAGCACCGUGUUGCAGAGCAACGAGGCGCUCUUUGAGGCGGUGGAGCACCAGCAGUCGGAUUUGGUGCAACUGCUGCUCUCCCAGUACAGCUUGGAGGAGCUGGACCUCAACACCCCCAACAGCGAAGGCCUGCUGCCCCUCGACAUCGCCGUCAUGACCAACGACGCGCCCGUGGCCAAGCUGUUGCUCCGCGCCGGCGCCAAAGAAAGCCCCCACUUUGUGAGCUCGGCGGGCCGCGCGCUGCACCUGGCAACCUUGGCGCAGGAGGCCGAGCAGCGCGUUUCGGAGCUGCGGAGCCAAGUGCGCGGCGCGGGGCCCGGAGAGCUGGAGGCCGCGGAGCGGGAGCGGGAACGGCAGCUCAAGGCCUGGGAGUGGCGGUUGCGGCUCUUCCGACGCAUGCUGACGGGCUUCCGGCACGCGAAGCUUCCGGACACUCCCGGCGCGGCGCGCCUGUCUGUCGGCGGCAGCAGCAGUCUAACGCUGGAUUUCCAGGAACCCCGAUGCGUCGACUCGGCCGUGGUGACCAAAUACAAAGUGAGCUGGAGCACCACGCCGUCCUUCAGCUCCGUGCUGGGCGAGGCGGUGCUGGAGGACACCGCCGCGUUGCGCUACGACAUCACCGGACUCACCUCUGGGACCCGCUACUUCGUCCGAGUGUCAGCGUACAACAUGAAGGGCUGGGGACCAGCACUGGCUUCCACGCCCGCCUCCGCCGCUCCUUCCAGUUGGCGGGACCUGGACGGCCGCGCUCCGCGGCAGCGAGGCCUGAAGGAGGUGCUGGACCGGCUGCUUGCCCAAAUCAAAGAUGGCCAUCAGAACUGCGUCUGCCACGAGCAGUGCAGAGCUCCGGCGCAAGGCCGCAAACAUUCCGUGUCCAAAAGCCUGCGUCACCUCUUUCAGCCCAACAGCAAGUUUGUCAAAAGUUUGAAAAGGGGGCUUUAUCUGACGUCCAUCUUGUACCGAGAUGACAGCGUCCUGGUGACUCCCGAGGACCAGAUUCCUAUCGUGGAGGUGGAGGAUUCCUGCCCCAGCUCCCUGAUGCAGGAUUUCCUUUGGUUUACAAAGGUGUCCUACCUGUGGGAGGAGAUUCCCUGGAUGCAGCAGCGUCUCAAUCCCGCGCACGCGGCCUGUUCCUGCACCCUGCAGACGCGCCUCAAGAUGCUUCAAGCCGUCGCUCAUCUGCAGGGCGCGCUGGGAACGCAGGACCUGGGCCAAGUGUAUUUCGAGCCCAUCAAAGACAAGCACGGGAACGCCCUGCUGGUGCUCCUGAAGGACAUGAACGCUUCCCCGAACCCGGACGGCGCGCGCUGGAUGCGGCUUUGCAAACUGCAGCUCCAGCGCAAGUCCGUUUCUUCCCCCGAGGAGCCCGGCGCUCUGGACGCGCUCCUCGUCACGCUGCACGAGAAGCUUGCUUAUCACCGGCGGAGCAGGAAGCUUUUGGCUCCGGGCUUGUACCUGGGAUAUUUGAAGCUGUGCACCUCCGUGGAGCAGAUCAGAGCGCUGGUGCCUCAGAAGCUCCCCAACGUCCUCUGUCACACCAAGAUAAGAGACAACCACAACGUCUCCAGAGAGGAGUGGCAAUGGCUGCAGGCUUUGGGCUCGCCGAUGGAGACGGAGGGCGGCGCGCAAAGCGGUCCGCCGCCCCUGCUGCGUGACCUGCGGAGCGCCAUCGAGGACCUGACAGCUCACAUCGACGUCCCUGGCAACCAGGCGCAGGGCUUCCGGAUCUACACCCAGGAAGUGUUGGAGUUUGGGGACGAGGUGUCCUUCCUUCUGCUCCUCCCCCCUUGCGACGACGUGUGCACAGUCCCCGGCCAGAACAAUCCCUACUCGCCCCGCCGCGGCUUCCUCGCGUUGCCCCUGCAGAUGUUUGAACUGGUCCACUUUGCGGCCUAUCGCCCCGCUUUCAUCGGCCGGUACUGCCGGGUGUCCGCCCUGCUGGAGCUGGAGUCGCUCCUGUCCCAGCAGGCCCUGAGGGAGGCCUUUUCCCAAGACGAGCUCGCCGCCGCCAAGAGGCAGCAGCGCCGGCUUCAAGAGCACCUUCAGCAAACGGAGGAGGUGUGGCGCGACGCCCGGUGGAUCGCGGAGGCCCUGCAGCACGCCCGCGACAAACAGCCGACGGGAGCCGUCUCCGUCGGCGGCUUGAUGGACUCCUCCGAGGAAGGGACGCCCGCCUGCGCCUCCCGCCGGCCCGACGUCACGCCCUCCCCGUUGCCGUCGCCGGAACCGUGCCGCAAGCACUCAGACUUUGCAGGCCUGUCGGACGAGGAGGGCUCCUCCGAGGUCUUCCUCACCACCGACAGCGACUACGACUCCAGUCGGGCCCAGAGCCCCCGCGAG